UUUAGUGCUGCUCAUGUCGCUUUGAUUGUUGGUUGUGUUGUGUUGUGUUGCGUUGUGUUUGUCGGCCGCCGGAGUGGUCGUUCUCGUGCCCGUGCUCGCGCAGUAGUAGUCCAUCCGUUGUCGUUGUCGUCGUCGUCGUCGUCAAUUGCUGUUUGUAUUCCAAGACGAAUUGUUGGUUAAGCGGUUUUGAUAUACCUACCUACAAACAUAAUACAUAUAUUUACUUGUAUACAUACAUAUAGUAGGUUUGUGUAUAGCACUUUUCUUAUCUGCUCAGGCGGCGGCGGUCUUGUGUGAAUAGUGCUACAAAGAGGAGACCCCCAAUCAUUCGCGGAAUGCUGCAUAUAUAUAUAUAUAUGUGUACAUACAUAUAGUAUAAUCGCUCAAAACGCAUCAAUAAAUUUAAGCAACAACGAAAAUAAGGAAAGAAUAAAUAAAUGUAAAUAAAGUACAUAGCUAGGAAUUAGAGCGAAUAAGAAAUCAGCAGGCCGCCGAGAGAGAAGCGCUUAGUCAGCACUACGAGAAAAUUGCAACGAAUAAUUGAAUAUUGAAGUGAUUCGAAAUGAAAAAAUAAACCGCAGAAAUUUAAAACUGAAAAAAGGCGCAUAGUAGUCCUGCAUAGCAGUCAGUCAGUCACCCACGCCUUUCCCUAGCAGAGAAUGUGGCGCUUCCUUUACUGGAGUUCGCCCCUUUUGGCUGCUGUUUUCGACGCGUCGUCGUCGUCGUCGUCGUCAUCAUCUACCAACUCGACUGCGCUGCAUUGAAUGAAAUCGUCGCCGGAACUCUUGAGGCGAAGUCCAACAACGUAUGCGCGCACACACACAAAUGGGCCAAUUGAAUUUUUCUCGCUACCCCAGAGUAGUCAGUCCGUCACUCGCCGAAACAGCUCAGCCGCACUGUUGAAUUCAGUAUUCAGUUGUCAGCCGCAACAGCAGCAGCAGUUUGUAAUAGCAGCAGUAAAUCCAUACAUGGGAUACCUGUCCACAAAGGUGGUACAUCACAGUAUAUACACACACACACAUACGCACGCACGGAUGUAAGCAAGCAGGCAAAUAGCGCGUAGUAUUCAAACAAGCGAGCAGAUAUUAAAACAAAGCGCAAAUGGGAAAGUCAUAAAAAUAAUAUAAUUAUUCAGCGCAUAUCUUUUGUGUGGCGAGCGGCCUUGUCAUUGUCAAAGAAAAAAUCAUAUUCCGCGUUAGCUGAGUUUGUUUUUGUUUUUACUUUUAAACAUUUUGUGCAAAAUAUCUUCUCAUACAUACAUUGUGAGAAGUCAGCUGAGGAAGCAAGCAGCAGUAGCGCACGACGGCCAUUGCAAGUGUAGAAAGGAAGUGCGAUUAGCCAACAUUUUGCAGCCGCCAUUGUUGGAUUUUGCUCACAGCAGCAGCAAGCAAGGGUGGUGAACUAGCAAGUUAGGCUGUGCGCCAAUUGGUAAACGUUGCAAGGCACACACACUGACUGACCCUUCGAAGGGGUGCCACACCGCGCGCCAAGUCAUUGGCAUUCAUACGCCCACACCGCCUGCACCGCGUCGCUAUCAGCACUACCAUCGUUGCCGCCUAAAGGCUUAUGGGCUUUAAAAUCUGUGCGCGGUCCUAAAAGCGCCCAGCGGCAACAAGCUGUGAUAUACCCUGAUACUGAUUUUUGUGUGUUCUUUUUCAUCGUCGUGGUCGCCGUCAUCACUUCGAUUCGGUUUUGUUUUAAAUUUUCUAUGCGUACAUAAACACCUACAUACAAACAUACUAUACGUACAUUGUAUAGACAUUUAAAAUUACGUCUUGUGUAUGCGUGCGUCUGCCUUUUUCGUACAUACGUUUCGUCGCCGCCGUAGCCGUAGCCAUUGCCAUUUACCAUUUGGCGUUUGGCAAUUUUUUCGUUCUUCGUCGUUUGUCUUUGCCAUCGUUGUUGAGGGCGGAAACAGUCGCCAGCCACGCUGCAAUCGUUAUAUUCGUAAAAUAAACGAGAAAUAUAUUCCGCAUUCAAAAAAUGUUAAGGAAAUACGCCACUUCGCGAUAAAUAAAAGUGUGGCAACGCCCGCGUUUUUUGCUAUACUUUACACGAUGCCUCGAAAGUAGAGCUGUGAAGUGAAUAAAUGUUUUGUGGGUGAUGAGUUGAUGAGCGCGUAGUCGAAUCAGCAGCAACAAUAGCUGAACGUUAGAAACGAUUUCCUUCUGCAGCCACUUUUCUGUUUCUUCCAUCUCCUCUACUCCCACUUCAUAAGCCGAAAAUGUACGCAAUUUGGUGGUAACUUUUUGCCAGCGUGGUUGGGAAAAAAUAGCGAAGAAAGCUGGAGCGCCCACCACCUUCUCUUACAAUAACCAACAAAACGGCAACAACAAAAACGCACAGCAGCCGUUUCCUUCCAAGCGCCAACAACAACAAAAAAAAUACCCGUUGUUCCAACUACAUACUAGCUGUGUUGUCGUUCAGCGCCACAACCUGCAAAGCAGCAAAUCAAUUCUAGACAAGAUAUCUCGGAACAUAUGUAUAUAUUCCACAAAUACAUACACACAUUCGUACUCACUCACAUUCAACUGUUAAGAAACAUUCGAAGCGCCAACGCAAAUCCAACAGCGAACUGUUAAAAUCGUAGCAGCAACAGCAGAAGUGCACAAAGUGCCGCGUAGCACAUCGAACAAAAAAGAUGUAAUGAAUCUUUAGGUGCUAAUUUAGUAAAUAAGAAAAUUUUAUGUACAAUAAAAAGUUAUCAGCCGCAACAACAACAACAACCACAAUCACAAAGAAAAAACUACGUACAUAUUUCAACGGAAAGGAAGAAGAAGAGUACAUAAGAACGCACUCGAACUAAAAAGUACUAAAUCAAUGAAGAAGCAAAAAGUUUUUUAAUUAGUAAUUAAACAAAUUCAAAGCUCUCUGUCUCGCCACGAACGAAUGACAUAGCGAGCGAAGGUGAUUGAAGUAAGCGGAAAUAGUAAGACUAAGCAACAAAGAAAGUGCCAGAGCAAUGCACACAGAGCAACAAAAGAACACGUAAAAAAAGGAGAUUUUGAGCACUGAAUACAAAAAGUAGAAAUCCGAAAGCCGAUAGUAGAAACUAGAAAAAGGAGAAAAAAGAAAACUUAAUUAAGCCAGCAAAGCCAAAAUAAAAGUAAUAUGUAUAAAGAAGCAAAGCAGAAGCAGUGCACAUAAAUUUGGAAAUAAGAAGUGAAUAUCACAUUUAAAAUACAGUAAAACAAAAUAGUCUACAUACAUAUAUUUUUUUAAGUAAAGAGUUUCUAAAACUAAACAAAGCAAAACGAAAGCAGCAAACAACGUACAUAAUACAUUAAAAAAAAAAAAAACGAAAUAAGUUAAAAGAAAAAAUCUAGUUUAAAAUUAAUGUAUAGCUUUUUUGGCGGCAAGCUGCAAGUCCACAAAUCAGCAAGCCAACAAGCUCAGCAGAAGAAACCGCAUAAGCUGGUGCCGCAAUUUGGAGCCUAGAAAGAGAAACACACAUAUACACACAAAACCGCACGUAGUUGUUGUUGCCUCUGUCUUCCAGUCGCGCUGCGCUGAAAGGCAGUAAGACGCCGCGCUCAAACGUCCAAACCCACUGACAAACUGCACAAACAUGCCCAAAUAUUUCAUAGCUACAGCAGCAACAACGUCAGCAACAGGCAGCGCUUACAAUACCAACAAUACCAACAGCAAUAAUGGUACGCCACAAAUGGUUGUCAAGUCAGCGGUGCGGCAACUCUCCUACGACAUGGUUAGCACCAGCGGCACCAGCAGUACGAAGCGCAAUUCAAAUUCGGCAUUUGUGUCAUCAUCAUCGUCUGGCUCGUCAUCACCUGUUUCGAUGCUGAUGCAGGGCAGUGGAAAGACGCAAGUCAUCAGCAGCGCUACAACAGUGCCACUUGCGACGCAUCUGUUGGAUCAUGGCUAUGGUGUAACGCUGAAGCAGGCAUCGUCAACCUCAUCGACGUCAGCGUCGUCCGCAACGACGUCGACGCCAGCUACAGCGGCGGUGACAUCUCACUUCACCGGCAGAUACACGUCCACGCUGGCGAGCCGAAAUAGCGCCGAUUCCACACCACACAUAACGGAGUACUAUAAGCAAGUGAAGCGACGCAACCCCACAUCUGUUGCCGAACAAAGUAGUCAUCCCAAGAAGCAAGCCAAACAUCAGUCAGCGUCCGCCGGUGAUUUUGCGCCCAGCAAUGUGGUGGUGGUGCAACAACAGCCACCGCGCUCACAGCAAUUCCAACACAAAUCCACCAAGCAACCGGUGUUGGUGCGCACAAGCAGCAGCAGCAGCAGCGGCAACAACAACAACAACCGCUUAGCUAGCUCGCAACAUCAAAAUGUGAUGGCAACAGCGGCGGUGGCGUCGACUUUGCAUUUCGCCACACCUUCACCGCAACCACAACGCCCGCCAUCGUCUGCCUCGUCGACUUCAUCGACGUUUGCUUACAAAACGGGCACAACCUCAUCCGCCUCUUCAUUACCCGCCUCGAAACGCACACCCGAAGGUAAUCGUGCCGACACCUCACUGGGCAUAUUGACGAAAAAAUUCGUCGAUUUGCUGCAAGGCUCACCGGACGGUGUCGUAGACCUCAACGAUGCGUCAGCCAAAUUGCUGGUGCAAAAGCGACGCAUCUACGAUAUUACGAAUGUGCUGGAGGGUAUUGGCAUAUUGGAGAAGAAGUCGAAGAACAAUAUUCAAUGGAAAUGCGGCAACUCGCUGGUGAGCUCAGAGCGUACGCGUGACAUGCAGCUAGAGAAUGAAAGACUCGAACAAAAGGAGAAUCAAUUGAAUAUGUUAAUAGAUCAGAUACGUGAGGAGCUCAGUACCGAAAUAUCGAAUAACAAUCAAUUGGCCUAUGUGACGCAUACCGAUUUGAAAAGUGUCGAUCUGUUUAAAGAUCAGAUAAUAAUUGUCAUAAAGGCGCCACCGGAAGCCAAACUUGUGCUACCUGACACACUUUGUCCACGUGAGAUCUACGUUAAAGCCGAGAAUAAUGGCGAAAUUAACGUAUUUCUCUGUCACGACAAUUCACCCGAAAAUUCGCCAACAUUCUCAUCGCCCGCCGCCCCGCCAUAUCGCCAGCAGCCGCAUCAAUUCAACGAUCCACUGUUCAACGAUAUCAGUCGGUUGACACCUAGUCUCGAUGACGAUAAACGUAUGCGUCUAGGUUUACCCCCACUCUCAGCGUCAAAGACGUCCUCAAGCACGUCAACGGGCAAUACAUAUCCCGGCAGUGCAGCAACCGUCGUCGCACGUUCAGCACAACGAAAUCUCAGUAAAUCAAUUGAAGAUGCCGCACGUCAAAUUGCUGCUGGUUCGGCUGAUGGUGGUACUGGUGGUGGUAGUAUCGGCGGUGAUACAACGGAUUAUAAUUCUGAUAUCGUUGGCAAUUACCAUACACAACAACAGCAUCAGCAAUCGAGCGACUACAAUAUACAGCCCACCUUAACGCGGCCAGUGCUGACGCAAGCGGAAGCCGAACGCAUUUACGAGCAAGAUUUCGAUUGUGAACUGUUCGGCAGACGUAAGCUGGGUGGUGCGUAUGGCGGUGGUAGCGGUAGCGGUAGUCAGCGGCAGCAGCAGCAGCAACAGAAUAGUGAUUCAACAAACCAUACGCUUAAUAGUUGUAGUAACAAUAGGAAGUCAGGUCUUAAAAACGAAGAGGUAUCCAUGGUGAAUAGUGCAAUGGAAGGGCAGGAAGCAGCUGAGGACACAACAUCAGCGACGGCAGCGGAAGCGGCGGCAAACACGUCCACGACAACAUCGUCGUCGUUGUCCUCGUCCUCAGCUGUAGACGCUGCAGCGAAUAAUAGUCGGCAAAGUGAAAAUAGCGCUGAUGCUGCUGGUACUUCAUUGUCAGCAUCGACGUCAGCGGCGGCGGCGGCGUCGGCGUCUUCGUCAAUGCCAAUAACGCACACACCCUCAAUGUUUGGCGGUGCCGGCAUCGUUGGCAGUCGACAUUGCAGCAGCGAUAGUGGCGGCAUCGGUCGUAUGGACUCGCACUUGGCGCACAUGGGCGAUUCGAAUGGCAGCACAGGCGUCCGGAACGCGCUCAUUUCGAAUUCGCUGAAUCUACUGAGUCCGGGCCCAUUGCCGAACUACUUUGAUGAUCUGCCACCGUUCCUACCCAUUGAACCACCGCUCGAUGUCGACUACAACUUUUCACUGGAUCAAACCGAGGGUCUUAUCGAGUUGUUUAAUGACUUUGCCUAAAAUUUUAAAUAUACAAAUAGUAAUAAAUACAAAAGUAUAAUUAUAAAAAAAAAUUAUCAAAGGAAAUAGUGUUUUAAGCAAGAAUACAAGUAAAUAAUAAAUUCAAUGUGUAUGUGUAGAGAUAUUCACAACCACCAAUAAAAAAUAUAUAAAAACACAAACUGCAAAAAAUUAAAUAAAUUAACAACUUCUGUAUGCUACUGAAUGGAAAACGAAGUAAUAUUAUUAUAAUUAUUAAACAUUAUUAUUAAAAAAACUAAUUUAAAAUUUAUAAAUAUAUUCUUUAUAUA